GCGGGGGAGGGAGGGGGGCCGGUCCGCGACGACUCCUUGGACGGCGUUUCUCCUCCGAGCGGCGCCGGUUUCGGCUUUGGGGGGGGCGGGGGUACAGCCCAUCCAUGACCAUGGGCGACAAGAAGAGCCCGACCAGGCCGAAGAGACAAGCGAAACCUGCCGCAGACGAGGGCUUUUGGGAUUGUAGUGUCUGCACCUUCAGAAACAGCGCGGAAGCCUUUAAAUGCAGCAUCUGCGAUGUGAGGAAAGGCACCUCCACCAGAAAACCUCGGAUCAAUUCUCAGCUGGUGGCACAACAAGUGGCACAACAGUAUGCCACUCCACCACCCCCUAAAAAGGAGAAGAAGGAGAAAGUUGAAAAGCAAGACAAAGAGAAACCUGAGAAAGAUAAGGAAAUUAGUCCUAGUGUUACCAAGAAAAAUACCAACAAGAAAACAAAACCAAAGUCUGAUAUUCUGAAAGAUCCUCCUAGCGAAGCAAACAGUAUACAGUCUGCAAAUGCUACAACAAAGACCAGUGAAACGAAUCACACCUCAAGGCCCCGGCUGAAAAACGUGGACAGGAGCACCGCACAGCAGUUGGCAGUAACUGUGGGCAACGUCACCGUCAUUAUCACAGACUUUAAGGAAAAGACUCGCUCCUCCUCGACAUCCUCAUCCACAGUGACCUCCAGUGCAGGGUCAGAACAGCAGAACCAGAGCAGCUCGGGAUCGGAGAGCACAGACAAGGGCUCCUCCCGUUCCUCCACGCCAAAGGGCGACAUGUCAGCAGUAAAUGAUGAAUCUUUCUGAAAUUGCACAUGGAAUUGUGAAAACUAUGAAUCAGGGUAUGAAAUUCAAAUCCUCCACCUGCCCAUGCUGCUUGCACCCCUGGAGAAUCUUCUGUGGACAUCGACCUCUUAGUGAUGCUGCCAGGAUGAUUUCUGCUUGCCAUGGGCAUCUGGCCACCAAGGAAUUUCGCACCCUGACGAUUACUCUUGACACUUUUAUGUAUUCCAUUGUUUUAUAUGAUUUUCCUAACAAUCAUUUAUAAUUGGAUGUGCUCCUGAAUCUACUUUUUAUAAAAAAAAAAAAAUCUGCUGUGCACAAUUUUCCAUGUACAUUACAACUGGUUUUUUGUUUUUGUUUUGUUGGGGGGUGGGCUGGGAGGGGGAGGGAACUUUUAUUUAUUGUGUUCACAAACUCCAUCCUUUCAGCAUAUCCUUUUAAGUUUAGUUCUUUCUUCCAGUUAUACUAUGUACUAUCAGUUUUGAUAUAACUAUAUAUAUAUAAAUAUAAAAUUAUAUAUAAAGGGUUAUUUGAAACCAAUCCAUGGCAACGCUGGUGCUUGAUACACUGUGAAGUGAAUACAACAUUGAACAGUUACAGAUCUGGGACAGUCCCUUCUAUGAAAGAGCUGAAAUUAAAUUAAAAUCAGUCUUACAUGAAGUAUGUUCCAACCCACGUGGGAACUUGAGUCUCUCAUCUGUCUAAAGAGUACUGGACGAUAUAAAAAUAUAUAUUUUUUAACAAUGUGAUCUCAAAUUUAAAGACUGCUCCAGAUAGCCUGCAUUUGCAAUGGAAUGAACUGACAAAUCACAAGUGGUUUAGUUGGGAGAGCUUUGAUGGUUCAAAAUAACUAAACUAGCUCCAGAAUGCCAAGUAUUCGUGUAAAUUACGGUUACAUGUUAACAUUGCUGUUCUUACGUAAGCACUCAUGAAAAUAUGGUAUUCUGUAGCUUGAAUUCCAUCCAUUUUCCAGGCCUCUACUCAUGUCUGAGGUAAAUCUAUAAAUUGUCUCUUAGUUUUAGGAUUAAAACCGUCUGAACUGUCUUUUUGGUCCAUACGAGAAGCAAAUCCCUGUGUCCACUUGGCACGUGCCGUGGCAGGGGUGGUUUUUGUAGUUGAACCCCUCAUUUCCCUCCCCACCCAGUUCAGUUGGGAGAGUUCUUUUUCUUAGAACCAAGGUUCUCAGCCACACCUCCAGUCCCCACGUGGAGCUCUUCCCUGUUGGGGGACGUUUCUCAGCUCCCUGCGGUGGGAGGAACCGGGUAUGGUCUGAGCUCCAGCAGCCAGAGGUGCCUGGAGAGCUCUUACUUCCUGCGAGUGUGUGAGCUUUUCUUCCUCAACGCAAAGAUAGCUGGAGUAAACUCUCUUUUACAGUUUCCUCCUUUUUUUUUUGUUUUUUGUCUUGCAAAAAUAAUAAAACAAAACCACUAAUUUGACUCCACCCUUCUCAUUUUUAGAAUGUUUUGUUUUGUUUGGCUUUGUUUGGAUUUAGGGUCUCUUCUGUUUGACUCUUAAACAUUGGCAUUGGCAGAAUUCCUAGACUUCAGGGGCGUUUCAUUGACGGGUGGGAACUUGGCGUUCCCUUCCUUUAUUUGAUCGUACUGUAGGGACUCACGGGAGGGCAGCUGAUUUGUGAUGAAGCACCACGUUUUGGUGUGAGAAACCUGGCUUCCUUAAGAAUAGAAGUAUCUUCUGUGUGUGGAGGCAACGAGUAAAAAAAAAAUUAACAGCUUGAUUUGAGUAGCCAACAGGAAAGGUUCCUUUCACAUUUACAUUAAAACUAUUCUAUAGUCACCAAUGUACCAUAAUUUAAAUUCUCUUCUCAAAGGUGUAGAUUAUAAAGCAGUGCCAUUUGUUGCUGUGGUCCUAUUCUCAAAUGCAUGGACAAUGUUCCCCUCUUUUUAAAAUAGUGCUUGUAUUUGGGAUGCAAACUAUGCUUAUCUUUUUGAAUACAUUUGUAAAGUAUUUAUUAACGAACCAAAGGAAAUCGGAUGCUUUCUGUAAGCAUCAGAAUAUAUAAUACAUAGUGAUUUGACUAUGAAUUUUAAAUCCACAUUUUAAUAUUAGUGGGAUAUUGCAAAGACAUUCCUUCUAAACUUUUAAUAUUCCUUUUAUUAAGGGUCUCAGGGAGGGUAAAUUAGUCAGCCAUAUUUAUUUUCCAGAGAUGUAAGGAAUUGCUAAGUUUUUAAAUUAACUUUUUAAAAAAAUUUAAAUGCCACCAAACUCACAUGGGUUGCACUGCUUUUUGAACCAGUAAGUGUUGCUAUGCACUUUGUUCAGAGACACUGUGUACUUUUUCAAAAUUAGUUUCAUGUAAAGUGAUUGGACCCCUAGAUUAGUGGAAAAAGCUGAUUAACCAGCUACUCAUAGGCUGCUAAUUAAUUCAUUGCCAAUGUCUUGGUUUUUCAGUUUUGCCUCCGUGAGAAAUUAAAGAAUAAAUUAAAGAGUUGGGGAGGGUGUGAAGGAAGGAAGAAUUGCUUUAGAACAGGAGAGAUGAAAUUGCCCUUUUGAUAGAAACUGCAGCUGACCGUGGGACUUCUCAGCAACCGGGCGUUCAUGGGCCGGACCUUUAGCUGCUGUUGUGUAUUCUGUUGAGUAGUGAGGUGGUAGGUACUUUAGACUUAGUUUCUGAAAUUGCUGACAUCCCUCAGGCAUUCAUUCUGGAGAUGGAAUUCCUGUACCUUCCUGCAUUUGCAGCCUGCCCUACGAUUAGUAGGCAGCGCGUAAAAACACUAGUGUAGAUUAUAAAGAUGUAUGUUAAAAGAGGACCAGAAAUACUUGGUAUUCAGUGGCACCGUAAGCAGGUUAUAAAAACAAAACAAAAAAACAAAAGCACAGUGUUACGCUUGCAAGUUUCCAUUUGUUUUAAUACCACACGAUCUUUCACACCCGUGCGUGCGCACACACAGAGCUUACCUGACUUGCUCUGCUUGAGUCAUGCAGUUAAAAAAAAAGUUAAAGAUGUCUUGACACCCACAAAAUAUUUUAAUCAAAACCUUUCAGUUUCAAUCUGGAUAUUUAGAAACAUUGGCAGAAGCUUCUGUGAGUUUAGUUCCACUAAGAUGUUUCACCUGCCUUAUCAAGACCAUUCUCAGUCUACUUUUUUAAGCUACCAUAUCUUAAAUUAUUGAAAAUUUAUUAAUUGCUGAAUAUAUAAUAACCUUUGCUUGUAUGUAACCGAAAAUGGUUUAAGAGCCAACAUUUAGAGUAUGACAAUGGAGCUGAACAGUUUUUAAUGCGCAAGCAGUUCUGUUCUUGUGUAUGACUUGUAACCUUAAUUUACUGUGUAAAGAUGGUUACAUUAUUUCCUUAGCUUUGUUUGUUGGAGACAAAUAGAGAAUGCUUGUUAAGUAUGUCAAAACAUAAUCUUAUCUUGUGAAUUUUUGUUAAUGUAUUAUACGAGCUAUAUUUUUCAUUUGCCCAGAAAGACAGCUUGUAUAACGCUUUGGGAAGUUCCUGCUCUGUGAUGUCUUUAGAGCUGACAGUCUGUUAGGUUUGGUUUUUCUUCAUGCUAAAGUGUCCGUUGGUGGUUUUGUGAACUGGUCAGAAAUUCACAGGUCUUAAAUGUUUUGGGGAAAUUUAUAUUGGACACUGCUCUUUGUCUAGCAAAUAAAAGAUGUUAAUAUAUUCCUGUUACUGGCAUGUGCACGACUAUGUUAUUAGAAGCCACUUUAUCAUUUUCCUGCUUUAAAUAGAAAUGUCUAUUUAUGAAUUCUGCUUGUAGUUUUUUCACAAAUAAAAUAGUAAAAUUUACAUUGAAAUCUU